AUGGCGGCUAGGGUUGCGAUAUGGGUGGCGUGCGUGCUGGUAAUGGUGGCGACGUGCCAGGGGCGGCUGAGGGUUGGGUACUACCACCGGAAGUGCCCGCCGGCGGAGUACGUCGUCAGGGACGUCGUCGGGAAGGCCGUCCGGCAGAACCCCGGCGUCGGCGCCGGCAUCGUCCGCAUGUUCUUCCACGACUGCUUCGUCCAGGGGUGUGACGCGUCCGUGCUGCUCGACCCGACGCCGGCGAACCCGCAGCCGGAGAAGCUCGGGCCGCCCAACUUCCCCAGCCUCCGCGGCUUCGAGGUGAUCGACGCGGCCAAGUCGGCGGUCGAGAAGGUCUGCCCCGGCGUCGUCUCCUGCGCCGACAUCAUCGCCUUCGCCGCGCGCGACGCCUCCUUCUUCCUCAGCGGCCACCGGAUCCGGUACAAGAUCCCGGCGGGGCGGUUCGACGGCCGCGUCUCCCUCGCCAACGAGACGCUCGCCUUCCUGCCGCCCCCCUUCUUCAACCUCACGCAGCUCGUCGGCAGCUUCCAGGCCAAGGGCCUCGACGUCGACGACCUCGUCGUGCUCUCCGGCGCCCACACCAUCGGCCGCUCCCACUGCUCCUCCUUCACCGACCGCCUCUCGCCGCCGUCCGACAUGAACCCGGCGCUCGCCACCGUGCUGCGGGCCAAGUGCCCGGCCAACCCAAACUUCACCAACGACCCGACGGUGGUGCAGGACGUCGUGACGCCCGACGCCAUGGACAACCAGUACUACAAGAACGUGCUCGCCAAGAACGUGCUGUUCGACUCCGACGCCGCGCUGCUGUCGUCGCCGCCGACGGCGGCCAAGGUGGCGGCGUUCGCCCGCGGGAAGUGGGAGAGGAGCUUCGCAAGGGCGAUGGUGAAGUUGGGCGGUAUCGAGGUCAAGACCGCCGCCAAUGGCGAGAUCAGGAGGAUGUGCAGGAUCGUCAACUGAUCUUCAGAGAGUUCAGCUCGCAUGCAUGCUUCAUCUACG